UUUUAAAAUUAAAUUAAAAAUUAAGCGAUGAAAUUAAAAAAUACUUUUAAAAUUAAGAAAUCGCCGGUGAGAAUUACUCACCGCCAAAUCACCAUAAAUGGCAAUCACAUCCUUUCCAAAUCCCGCUUUUCUUCCUCUUCCUCUUCUUCUUCUUCUUCUUCUUUUCAAAAAAUUUUUAUCUUCAAUCCAGUUCUUUGUGUGGCUUUGUGCUGUGGGAUCCUGAAUUCAAAACUACGUAUCCGACCCAAAUCUCAACAAUCACAUCGUUUCGUCUAUUCUCUUCUCAUCUACCGCAUACUCGAUCUUCGUAUACUGGAGUCGAAGCUAGACGAAAUUACUGAAUCCAUGUCAGGAUGUACCGCCCCUAUCAAAAAACUCAGGCAUGCCUGCUUUGGAUUAACAGUGAAAUGCUCAAAUCUAUAUCCCACAUCGCGAUGCUUCAGAAGUUGCCUAUUUUCAUCGUCAUCAUCACCAUCUAAGCUGGAGGAUAUCCUCCUGGUCGCAUUUCUAACCAAGAACCUCUCUGAGUCUGGCACUCGUAAUCUCGAACCAGAUUCCAUUCCUCUUUCAGAGCCUCUUGUUCUCCAAAUUCUACGCCAAAGCUCGCUUGAGCCUUCCCGGAAAAUUGAUUUCUUCAAAUGGUGUUCACUCAGACAUAAUUACAAGCACUCUGCGUGCACCUACUCCAACAUGUUUCGCACUUUAUGCCGUGCUGGGAAUCUUGAGGAAAUCCCGAAUUUGCUAAAUUUAAUGAAGGAUGAUGGUGUAGUUGUUAGUUCUGAUACUUUCAAGUUUCUACUUGAUGCAUUUAUUCGAUCGGGUAAAUUUGACUUUGCGCUUGAAAUCUUUGAUCACAUGGAGGAAUUAGGAACUAAUUUAAAUCCCCACAUGUAUGACUCUGUAAUUGUGGCACUGGCUAGGAAAAAUCAGAUAGGUUUGGCUUUGUCCAUCUUCUUUAAGCUUCUAGAAGCUUCAAAUGGUAUGAACAAAGAGGAUUCUGUUCGUAAUGUUGGUCUUUCAAUGCCUGGUUCCAUUGCAUGCAAUGCAUUGUUGGUUGCGCUUAGAAAGGCAGACAUGAGAGCCGAAUUCAGAAAGGUUUUUGACAAACUGAGGGCAACGGAUGAAUUUGAGUUGGACACAUGGGGUUGCAAUAUUUGCAUUCAUGCAUUUGGUUGUUGGGGUGAUCUGGCCACCGCGUUAAUGCUCUUCAAAGAGAUGAAGGAAAAGAGUUUGGGGUCUGGACCAUUUGGUCCUGAUUUGUGCACGUAUAACAGCCUGAUUCAUGUACUAUGCUUGUUUGGAAAGGUGAAUGAUGCACUGAUUGUUUAUGAGGAAUUGAAAGUAUCUGGUCAUGAGCCUGAUGCCUUUACAUAUCGAAUACUUAUUCAGGGGUGCUCUAAAUCAUGUAGAAUGAAUGACACAAUGAAGAUAUUUAGUGAAAUGCAGUACAGUGGGUUCCUUCCAGAUACCAUCGUGUACAAUUCUCUUCUAGAUGGGAUGUUCAAGGCAAGGAAAGUAUUGGAGGCAUGCCAGUUGUUUGAGAAGAUGGUUCAGGAUGGUGUGAGGGCCUCAUCCUGGACAUACAAUAUUUUGAUUGAUGGGUUGUGUAAGAAUGGGAGGGCUGAGGCUGGUUACCGUCUAUUUUGUGACCUGAAGAAGAAAGGCAAGUUUGUUGAUGCUGUUACUUACAGCAUUAUUGUGCUCCUACUUUGCAGGGAAGGGCAACUUGAGGAAGCACUAGUCUUGGUGGAAGAAAUGGAGGAGAGGGGCUUUGUUGUUGACCUAGUUACUGUGUCGUCUCUCUUGAUUGGAUUUCAUAAACAAGGUAGGUACGACUGCACAGAGAAGUUAAUGAAGCACAUAAGGGACGGUAAUCUAGUACCAAAUGUUCUCAACUGGCAGGCAGAUAUGGAGGCUUCAUUGAAAAAUCCACAGAGAAGAAGGAAGGAUUAUACACCCAUGUUCCCGUCUAAUGGCAAACUUAGUGAGAUUACGAGUUUAUUAAGGUAUCCUGACUUAGAGAAGUGCAGUUCAGAUGGUAGUGCAAUUGAGGAUGAGAACAGUUCAUUAAAUGACACUGAUCAGUGGUCAUCAUCCCCAUAUAUGGAUCAUUUAGCCAAUCAAGUUCAGUCUAAUAAUCUUUCUUCUCAGCUAUUCUCACUGUCUAGAGGCCAAAGAGUUCAAGAGAAGGGGAUAGACUCUUUUGAUAUUGAUAUGGUUAACACUUUCUUGUCCAUAUUUUUGGCAAAGGGAAAGCUGAGCUUGGCUUGCAAGUUGUUUGAGAUAUUCAGUGAUAUAGGUGUGAACCCUGUGAGUUACACAUACAAUUCUAUCAUGAGUUCUUUUGUCAAGAAAGGCUAUUUUAAUGAGGCUUGGGAUGUCCUUAAUGAAAUGGGUGAAAAGUUUUGCCCAGCAGAUAUAGCAACGUAUAAUAUGAUAAUUCAGGGGUUGGGGAAGAUGGGAAGGGCUGAUCUAGCCAUCUCUGUUCUAGAUAAGUUAAUGAAGCAAGGUGGUUACCUUGACACAGUCAUGUACAACACCCUGAUUAACACAUUGGGGAAGGCUGGCAAGAUUGAUGAAGCUAAAGUACUUUUUGAACAGAUGAAAAGCAGUGGAAUAAAUCCUGAUGUGGUCACUUACAAUAUUCUGAUUGAAAUUCAUAGCAAGGCAGGUCAUUUGAAAGAUGCAUACAAGUUCUUAAGAAUGAUGCUUGAUGCAGGUUGCUUGCCGAACCAUGUCACUGACACAACUUUGGACUUCCUGGCAAAAGAGAUUGAGAAACAAAGGUACCAAAAGGCAUCAAUCUUGGGAAAAAAGGAUAAUUCCACUUGAGAUAUCUUUGCUCAUGAGGUGCCACCUUGAGCUAUAUACUUUCCUUCCAAUUCAAUAUUUCCCAGUAUAUUCGGUACUAUUGUUAACCAGAAGACUGCACAAUGGGACAGAUAGCAACAGCAUAUUACAAUUGCUAGCUACCUAUGCAAAGAUAAACACUAAAUGAGAUGAGUAUGUGUCAUCCCAUGGUUUCAUUGCAUGUUUCGGAUGCUUGGAUUUCUUACAGAAAGUGUACCUUGAUAAAGGUUCAAGGGAAGAUAUAUCACUCUGCAAAAGGCCAUUAAGCUGCAAAGAACCAAUGAAUAAUUCCUACGUCUUGAAGCUCAUAUUGCCAUUCAGGAGAAACAUAACAUCAAGAACAGGUACUUGAAAAUUGACUUAAUUUUGAAGCCUUAGUAUGUUAGUCAGCAAAAUGGAUUAAUACUGCUAAUUUUCCAAGGCAGAUUGAUGUAAAUUUAUAUGUUAAGAAACAGUACAGAUAGGCAUUAUCAUCAAUUGAUUGAUUACUUGAAGCUUUGCACAUUUCUUCUUCAUGGAUCUUUUUAAACAAUCAGAAUACUGUUUUAUUUUUUGAAUUGUUAAAGGCAUAUAUAAACUUGGAGCCGGCUAGCACUGCAAGGAUUUAUGCCUAAUGAGAACAUAAAGCUGCUGUUCAAUAAGUAAUUGCUCAUAUUUAAUUAUUUAUAGCGUAAACCAACUCUAAAUUUACAGAAACUCAAUAGGGAAUGCAGUAGCAGCAACUGCCAUGGUUGAAACAACACAUUGCAAAGGACUUUAAAUUUACAUUAUUCUAGCAGAAAUUUAGGAUGAAAUGCAGGAAGAGAAUACAAAGAACAAUCUUUCAAUUGUUAUUUAAUUAAAGAAUCAAUUCAACAUACAUGAAAAAAAGGAAAUCUCUCUGGACAAUGCCCAACUGUGAUAAUCCCGUCCACAUACAACAGCAUAAGAAGAAAAAGAAAGACAACAAAAGUAAACUCUGUUUCUUUCAAAUUAGAAAAGACCAAAUAGCAAAGAAAAACCGAGCAAGAUUAGCCAGAUAAGAUGGACCAAAAGAAGCGCCUGCCGAGGAAGGGAACCGCUGCCGCCAUUUUCUAGCUCACAAGCACCUAAUUUAGCGACCGGAGUACCGGCGCACAUAGCAUCUGCACACCCACACCAGUAUGUCACUCCAUCAACACCACACACGGGAUCUACGCGGAAGCAGUUGAUCGGACACGUCGUCGGAGCAGUGACUCUGGCGCACACGCCGCCUUCUUUGCUGGUGAUUUGCUGAAUCAAGACUCCAUCUUCAGGCUUGGAUUGGGCGACCGGCCAGCUGAGACCAAAUAUGGCAAUAGAGAGACAUAAAGAGGCCAAAAUUGAGAACUUGGGCGCCGGUUGAUUCAUUGAAUAAUUGUGAGGGAAACGGCCAAAUUCUAUGGCCAGCAGGGGAAUCGCCCAAACCAAACCCUAACCCUAACCGUAACCUUAGCUCGUUGGAUGAGUGGGAACAGAUCUAAAGAAAAGGAUCUGUAGGAAGAGCGGAAAUUAGACGAUCUACGACGACAGGAUUCCAAGAUUUGGCGAUAAACAAGGGUCUGAAAGAAAGCGGAAAGAAAACAAGGUUUGGUUGAGCAAUUCGAAGGCCGAUGAAGGUAGUUGGGAGAAUUCUCAACCGUCGUUUUAGACGUUGGGAAAAUUACUAUUUACUCCGGAUAGUGUAAAAAACUUAUUAAUUAAUCUCUAAAAUUUUAAAAUUCAAUUAACUGGUCCUUCUAUUAUUUGAAGCUAUUAAGUAAAAAAUGCCCUUAAAAAUUUGGACUAACAACUUAA